UUAGCGGGUUAUCUGCCCCAAAUCCCACUAUAGGUGGCGCUGCUGUCGAGUAGGUCCUUUAUCCGGGUAUCCUCGGAUCUUAUCAAUUCAUCCACGCCAUUGUUGUUUACCCAAGCGUUUGACAGUUAUACAUUGAAAGUGAUUAAUCAUGCCUGAAACAACUUGUGUUGUACCAUUUUGUUCACGAAAAGGACGUCAUAAGUUUCCGAAGGACAAAGCCCGACGAGAUGCAUGGGUGCACGCAAUUAAAAGGGGAAAAUCGAAGUUCGAAAUGUGGUCACCUACGAAGUACUCGUAUAUCUGUGAGAAUCAUUUCACGGGAGAUGAUUACCACUCUGAGACGUAUUCUGGGGUCGAACGACAGAAAAAGGCUCUCCGAAAAACCGCCGUUCCAAGUGUGUUUUCUUGGACAUGCCAAGACACAUUGCAGAAGAAGAGGGCACGCAAGGACAGAUGUCUCUCUCGAGAUGCUAGAAAGAGGAAGCUAUUCCACGACAUUUCGAAUAUCAGUGAGGAGCCACAGCCAGAGUUUAUUGCUCAGAAGUUAGAAAUUGUUUCAGAUGAUUUGGAUGUUGGGGCAGUUGAGGAAGUAAUUCCAAUGGACACUGAAACUGUAUCUGAAGUUGAAACUGAUGUGCAAGGGAUACCUUCAUAUGUAGAUGCUGUGGUUCAGACACCAAAACAACCAGCAUUUUCUAUUUAUAACUUUGAACAUGAUUCAGCAGCAGUUCAUUUUUAUACUGGACUUGAAAAUUAUUUGAAAUUUAUGUUUGUUUUGAGUACACUUGGACCAGCAGCAUAUCAUCUGAACUAUAUAUAUCACUCUGUUAUUAGUGUGACUGUGCCUGACCAAUUUUUAAUUGUGUUAAUGAAACUUAGGCGACACACAACAAGCUUUGAACUGUCUAGAAUGUUCAGUGUUGCUGAAAGUGUAAUUUCAAACAUAUUCAUUACAUGGGUUCUCUUCAUGGAGAAACAGUGGAGGGAACUCAACAUCUGGCCGAGCCAAGAACUUGUUAAGCACUUUGCUCCAAGCAGUUUCAAAAGAAACUACCCAAAC